UCGACACAGUAUAAUCCAUUGUUGUUAAUUAUUUAUAUCUGUGUGUACUAUAUAUAACUAUGUCGCGUAGUAAGCGUCGUACUUUAGGUCUCUCUUCUCUCGAGUAUGAGGAGGGUGUGAUCCUUGAGCGAAUAUUUCAAUUGGCUCACCGUAAUCGGUGUGCAACAUGUUUGUUGAAAAAACCGACAUUUGUGGAUCAGGACCGUCUGGAGUUGUUGUGUGACACUUGUGUUCGUCGCUGUCCGUACAAGCUUCACAUUGGUCACGACCACAUUUCUAAGGUGUUACUAGAGCGUUUGGAAUCAGUUUACGAUCGCAAAUCAGGUCACCAUCGCAGCGGUGGUCACAAAUCUGAGCAUAAGAAGCACGGUUCUCAUCGGCGCAAUCGUUCAAUAUCAUCUUCUGAUCGUGGCGCAUCACCUCGUCGUGUAGAAUCCCAUCAUAGACGUAGUGCCUAUAGCAAGAAACAUGUUAAAUCAUUUGAGAGUGCGACUACAGAAGAGAGUUUGGAGCGUUAUGGUGGUAGAUCAGGUUGGCCUGAGCACUCCGGUAUGGUAACACCACCUACCAAGGGCCGCCAGAGAUCAAAGCCGGGCUGUCCAGUUGACGAGGACUUAUUCGACUCUCGUCAACAUCGUUACUACCGUGAUGAUGACACCGGGGUCAGGUACCCUGGUAACGACCCUGUUGAUACCUCGGGUCACUACAUGCAACCUCACAGGGGCGAUCAUCGUUCUGAAUAUCGAAAUGCACCAUUCGUACCGCGGGAAGCUCCCAGGUUACACCGUGACCCCUAUGGUUACGACAUCCCCGUUGUUGACGACAUGCCGGGUAUGAACGGUAUUAUGAUGAAGGGUUGCCCCGUUAGACAGGAGGAAUCAAUACAGGGUCCUGGAAUGCCUGUUGGUAAUCCUCGUGGUUACAGGGCGCCAUUAGCGGACGUCCGCAAGCCUGCUGAGAUUCCUCGUGGUGGAUACCAGGUUGGCAUUGAUUACAAGAUGCCACAGCGGUUACCUGCCGUUAGGGCUGAAGCUCCUUCAUCUCGUGGAGUCCCUGGUAGCAAUCCCUUUGCUUCCAGUAUAGCUCGUGACUGCGGUUCAACAUCAAGGCUUGACAUGACAUCUAUGCGAUUGGCGUUACCAGAAUCUGGUUCUGUACCGGUUUCUAGGAUUGGGUAUGACAAGUACUCCCGGGUUUCAUCUCAGCUUCCUGGCGUUUCAUCUUACGGCGGGUUAUAUGACCGUCGUGGGCGACACUAGUGUGUCGUCUUAGAAAUCUCGAUUCAUAUUACACACUUAUGUUUAAUAUA